AUGAGAGUUGAAUUUGCUGUGUUGACCGUUAUGAUGGUCUGCACGAACGCUUUAUGGCUGCCAUUUGCCAAUAUCGAAACGAUGUUCCAAAACAUUCGAGAAGCAACGCUUAGAGAGGGAGCGGAUGACACAGCUGGUUUUUUCAGUCUUAGUGAAAUAGCCACAGCACCCAUCGAGACUACCACCGUAGAGCAGCCACGCUUCACGCUGCCUUACACAAAACAUCCGUACCUACCAGUCCAUGAACAUACCGUGGCCACCAUUACUCCGUCGAGGACAACCACAACAGAAAAGCCUUCAUCCUUAUCGGCACUCAUCUCUCCACAGCAAAGAUUCACAACAUACAGUCCAGUGAUUAUUUGGCCUACAACGGCAAGAACAACAACCGAACAAAGCACAACAAAAAGGUUCACAUGGAUACCAGUUACUCCUCAUCGUGAACGGGCAACGCCAUCUUCAAACCCAUAUGAACUCGUCCAUGAAACGUUUAUUACUGAAGCAGUACCGACAACUACUGAUAAUAUUCCGUUGAUUAUCAAGGCUAGAAAAUUCACUCGACCACCUCCCACUGUUGAUCCACCGACCUCAGCGCCAUCGAAAGGAUCACUGUCGUCUUGCCAUUUGUGUCAAACUGGUAAACGCUGUCAAGCAGACCUUCGAAGUUCUGACACAACCGAUCCGAUCUUCCAAUAUGCCUACAAUCAUUCAACUGGUACUAACAAUCACAUGCAGCUAAUUAUUCGCGAAACUCAGAGGAUAUCUGUUCAUGGCCCUCUUUCAUGGAAAAGCUCAGUAUCACCAGAAGUGAUCCAACUCACAAAAUCAUUGAUCUCUCUCUAUCAACCAUCAAGAUGUCUCGUUAUAGGUGUAUUCACAGGCUUAGGCCUAUUGGGUAUUGCUGAGAAAGUACAUUCUCGAGGAUUGAUAGUUGCUGUUGAACAUCCUUCCUAUGUUCAUUAUUGGGAGGAAAUCGGCUUGAAAGUGGCGAAAAUUACAGGUCAUGGUUACACCUCUAAGAUUCAACUGAGAUCCUCAGAGCCCAUUGAGAAAGCUCUCUCUAAACUUGCAGCCAACGACUGGGAUAAUUUUGACUUCGUAUUUCUAGACGAUCUCAAACGCGAAAACUACCUGGACGACUAUGAACAUGCUGUUCGGCUUUUGAGGUCUAAUGGCCUCCUUGUAAUAAAUCAGGCUCUGAACAAUGGCGGGGUACUGACGAGCGUGGAACUAAUGACGGAGAAUGACCGAGUGAUUUCCAGUAUGAAUGCCCGAAUAAAAGAAGAUGGAAGAGUCCGUGCUUCACUACUGCCCUUUGGAGGAGGAACAUGGAUAAUUGUGAAGAAAUGA